ACUGUGACGACGCUAAAUUGUCAGAAGUGUUCUCUCAGUCGUGCAGAACGGUGGAAAAUUCACUGUUGGGCGCAAAAAUUGUGCCCAUUUUUCACUGAAGGAUUUUCCAUGGAAACUCUUUAUACACCACCGUGAGAAAUUAGGCCAUAGUGAAAGUUAACAAGUGAAAAAUUAGAUAAAUUGUUUGAAUUUUUGAAGACGGUACUGAAAAUUGAAAUUUCCUGCCAGCUUUUAUUUCAAAGCUCCCCUGAACACACAAAACUAAUCACAUUGAAACAUAUCGAUCGUGUUCUUGUGCGUCGAAUUUUACACCAACAAAAGAGGGUGCUCUAUCUCAGGCCCCUUCCUGAGGAAGAAGGGACGUACAGAGGGAUCAUAGUGUGAAGAAGAAGUUCUCUCGCCUAAAAGCAUAACACUGUUAGCAAUUCUUCUGUCCUUCAAAUGUCUCUGUAACUGUCUCCCUCCCCGAAAGUUCUCUCUAACCCCCUUCGCGAAAAUAAAAGCUACAACGCAAUGGCGCCAUUCAAGCUAAAGUUCCGCAUGGGCAGCUCCAGGAGCACCUCACAGGAAACCACAGCUGAACCGGACGUUACCCAAACCCACCAGCAACCACUGCUUGGGAAUCAACCCUCAACGGCCUCCACAACAACCAUCGACACGGACAGCUUAGGAUCGAUGAGUGGAGACAGCAGGGCACUCAUCCAGAACUCCUCUUCUGCCUCCGGACGCAUAGGAUACGAAAAUCCAACGUUACAGCAGAAUUUUUCCGACACGAGCUCCGUGAACAGAAACAGCACAGUUCCUCUUAGUCCACCGCCGUCCUACGAACACGUUCUAGAAGAGAUUUCCAAAAUAACAACCCACAUGGAAAUGUUACAGAAUCGCCUAGCAGCUCUGGACAAGGACAACAAUCCCACAAAUUCCCCCGCCAACUGGACAUACUGCAGUGGAGCCUCAACGGCUUCGUGCAAUACCAUGAACGACAGCUGUACUGGGAAUGCUGAGAGCUGUCCCCUGAAUGAUACAGAAGAGUCUUUAGACUCGCCUAUAUAUACUUGUUCAACCAUGACAACCCCAUCACAAGAAAAUCUCUUAACCUGCACUGGUUCUUGUGAUCCUCUCUAUGCCCACUCUUCGUGUCCAGGGGCCCAGGAGGCCGGACAGGAGGGUCAGCAGCAGGGAGAGUGUCACUCAGAAGCGAGUGAGGAGGAGGAGAACAAUUCAGAAGCUGAAUGGAACUCCCAUGAGCAUCAGCAGCAGCAGAUGAGAAUUCAACUGCCGCAGCAGAGUCCAGAGAUCCUCAGCAACAAGAGCAGUAAGGAGCUAUACAAGGCUGUGGCAAAGCAGUAUGGCAUCACCUGUGAAAUGAGCUCAUCCUGCAAAUGUCUUGAAUGCGCGUGCCAUUAUUUUGACUGCGAAUACGAAGAGAACGAUCAUCAGAAAACAGAUGGAGGACUUGGUGCUGGAACGCCAAUGUUUAUCAGCGAAGUUAUGCACGGAUCAGCCUGCAAUAUUCUCUAAAAAAAAAAAAAAAAACUGAACAUUGUCCACCCAAUUUUAAGCAUUUUUGUCGAGAGUUUUGAAGUGUAACUUUUCCGGCCUCAGAAAAUUCUUUGAAACGGAGGUACUAAGAAAUUUUGCACUGAACUACGAUCAAUUUUGUCGAAUUUUUCCUAAUAAAACUGAAGGUUUAAAUUAAGGAAAUAUUGUAAUUUUAGAAAUAAACUGAGACAAAGUGUCUAAUAUUGAUAUUUAUUAAAAGAAUAGUGUAAAAAUUGCACAUUUUUCUAUAGGAAAACAAUUCCCAUGAAAAAAAAAUAUUUAUUGUAAUUUCCCGUAAACAUUUGCACAAAAAAUAAUAUGGUGAACAAACACCUAUUAAGGUCUUAAGAAAAUAUUUGUAAUCUCUAUUCCACUAAUCAGGGUGUCCAUGAAGCAGAUUAGGAGACAACAAAAUAAUUCUUGUGUGAACUGUGGAAAGUUAAUUGAUGAGAUUUUGGUGUAGGAAAAUAGUCUGUUAGGGAUAUAUUUUUAUAGAAAAGCUCCAAACUGAAAAAAAAUUGUGAAAGAUUUGGAGGCACUUCAGCGACUGUUAGUGAUCUUGCAAAAAAUGAUUAGAACAAUGAAUAUUCACUUCUAUGAUGACCCCUACAAUGAUGGUUCUAACGAAAUUCUAACUGAAGUUGACACGAGACUUGACUGAGAAGAAAUAUUUGAAUUAGUUCCCAUAAAAUAGAACAUAAGUCUCUCUCUAACCAAAGUUUGACAGCAAAACUCUCUCUUUCUGGUUAAGAUUUCAUUCACUGCCCAUGCACAGAUCCAUCACCUUCAAUCAACAAUACACCCACUGAAAAGGAACAUGACUUCACAUCUUUCUUCAAAAUCUCCAACAACUUUUACCCCAGGAAGAAAAUCAGUUCGAAGAGUUUAGCCUAUGUGGAAAUUGUAACUGGAGGGAGAUUGUAACUAAUUUUAUAAAAUAAAAUUUAUGUUUGUAAAGAUACAAGAA